AUGGAUGAUAGCCAAGACAUUUGCCGAAAAUCUACAUUUUUUAAUGUCCUCACGACGAGUGCUGCUGCUGCUGCUAAUUUUCCCUUCUGCACUAUAGAACCAAAUGAGAGUCGUGUCGCGGUGCCUGACGAACGUUUUGACUACCUCUGCGAACACUAUCAACCUGUGAGCCGUGUUCCAGCAUACCUCAACGUUGUUGACAUUGCUGGCCUUGUCAAGGGUGCUCAUGAAGGUGCCGGACUUGGGAACGCCUUCCUGUCACACAUUAAAGCAGUGGAUGGAAUUUUUCAAGUUUUGCGCAUUUUUGAUGAUCCGGAUGUUAGCCACGUUGAGGGGGAUGUGGAUCCUAUUCGUGAUUUGGAAAUAAUACGUGAAGAGCUGCGAUUGAAGGACGAGGAGUAUGUCAACACUACUUUUGACAAGUUGGAGAAGUCUGUCAUUCGCGGUGGCGACAAGAAACAAAAGCCUGAUUACGAUUGUAUCGCCAAGGCAAAGCAUCUUCUCUGCGAAGAGCGCAAAGGCAUUCGUUUUGGUGAAUGGAAUGCUGCUGAAAUAGAAAUUUUGAACGACCAUCUCUUCAUCACCUCAAAACCAGUUAUCUAUCUCAUCAAUAUGUCACAAAAGGACUUUUUCCGGAAGAAAAACAAGUGGUUAGUAAAGAUCAAGGAAUAUGUUGAUGCCAACGAUCCGGGCGCGGUGAUGAUCCCCUUCUCCGCGGACUUUGAGCUACGCUACGCGGAGAUGUCGGAGGCGGAAAAGAAGGCCUUUUCCGAGGAGAAUCCCUCAGUACACUCCCAACUCCCCAAAAUCAUCCAGACAGGCUACAAGGCCCUACAGCUCAUCUACUUCUUCACUGCUGGGAAAGACGAGGUCAAGGCGUGGACCAUUCAGAAAAAUACCAAAGCUCCACAGGCGGCAGGAAAGAUCCACACCGAUAUGGAACGCGGUUUCAUCAUGGCCGAGGUGAUGGCCUUCGACGAAUUCAAAGCCGAGGGCUCUGAAGCCGCUUGCAAAGCGGCUGGCAAGUAUAGGCAGAAGGGGCGUGACUACAUAGUCCAAGACGGUGACAUUAUAUACUUCAAAUUCAAUGCCGGUGCCGGUCUGAAAAAGAAGUAG